CUAUUUGAAUAAGAUAUUUUUAAAGCCUCUGUAUACUUUUGUUAAAAUGUCUCAAAUUCUUCAAAAGAUUGCAAAGAAUUCAGUUCAAAAAGUGAAUGGAGGGCAGACAGUUCAAUUGGAAUCAGUAUGGCAAGAGAACGAUGUCGUGAUUUAUUUCCUGAGGAGGUUUGGUUGUGUAGUUUGCAGAUGGAUUGCAAAAGAAAUGAGUCGACUGCAACCAAAGUUUGAUGAAAAUAAUGUCAAAUUGGUUGGGGUUGCACCAGAGACACUUGGACUAGAAGAGUUCCAAAAACUGAAUUUGUUUUCAGGAGAAUUGUUCAUUGAUGAAAAAAAGAAGUGUUAUACUGAUCUUGAGUUUUCAACUUACUCCUUUUUUGGUGCAUUGGGUGCGGCAAUGGAUAAAGAUUUAAGAGAUAUUGCAAGCAAAGCAAAGCAAGAAGGGUUUGGAGGAAAUAUACAAGGAGAUUGGUAUCAAAUGGGAGGCAUGCUUAUUGUAAAGAAAGGUGGAGAAGUUUUGAAGUUUUACAAACAACAGAAAGGAAGCGAUCAUAUGUCUAAUCAAGAAAUACUAGAUGUUCUCGGUAUUAAGGAAAAAGCUAAAAGUGGUGAAGAAGCACAGCCGGAGUGUACUGAUGUAUGUGGUCUUCCACCAAAGCAGUAAUCCCGUUGAAAGAAGAAGUUUAUUUUACAAGAAAAGCACAUGUAGCCCCCAUUGAAGAAGCACGCUAUAUAUUUAUUAUAACUGACAUUGUGUUGUUUGUUAUUGCUGUUCAUUUGCAAUAAAUAUAAUCACCAACAGACUGUGUUGGAAUAUUGAAUGAAAGG